UUAUGAUUACCUCCACCCUAGUGCCCUCCACUUACCAUCCCAUAGACAAAUUUAUACAUACUCUAAAUGCAACUUAUACAGGUUUCAAGAAGUUCUAUGUCUGAUAGAGAGUCUUCCUCUAGCCCCGAGAGACCAAGCAGGGGCAGAGCCAGAGGGAGAGCCACGGCUAGAGGUAGAGCAAGAGGGCAGGGUCCAGCUCGAAGACGGGGUGCUAGAGCUAGAGGAAUAUGCAGGGGGCCAAACAGACACGAGACGCUCAGACAGCGUGUAAUAGACCGGAAUCUUCAACUAAGGAAUCGUGUUGCCGAGAUGACGGAGGAUGCAUUGAGAGAAUUAGUGAUGAGCGUCUGUGAGAGAGACCCAUCACUAAUUCUCGACAUCGUCGAUCGGGCAUCUCAAGCUGAAGCCGCUCAAGGUGGAUAUCAUCCACUGCCCGGAAGCAAUUCCCCCAAUUGGUGUGUGUGCAGCAAGUGUCGGGAGAUGCCCACCGAGGAGGAGAGGGUGUGCUGCAGGCAAACACCUUCCAACUGCCUCUCUACUUUGCCAGACUUUGACCUGAUAGUUCUAGACCCAUUAGUUUUGAUGGUAGCUCGUCGGUACAGACAGGAUGUCCUUGCUGCUGGUGAGGACGACGACUUUAACCGGAGCAAUCGCCACGCAGGAUACCGACAGUUUAUCCUCUGGCAGCAUGGGCAUUUGGGGGCAGGAAACCGCCGUGUCUUUCCAAGCUGCUCCACCUGGAGGAUAAGAGAUACUUAUCCUGACAGUUUUGGACAAUAUAGGGGAUUUGUGGGUGGCCGUCUGGGAUAA